CACAAUGAUAAGAAAGUCGCUGUCAAUAAUUGAGCAGACUCAGUGCACGCCCUUUUGACACCAGAUGUACUACGCUGUGCAGACCUAAGGCCCAGAAUUUAUGUACCUAGCUCUUGUUCAUCCAUUCUGUCUGACAAGUUUCAGAACCACGUCGAAAACUAUUAAAAUCAACCUCUGCCUUUGGGCAAUUUCAAUUCUAUUGGCCUUUCCUGCCUGGACACACGCAAAAGUCAUUAAAUUUAAAGAUGGCUUGGAAGGCUGUGCUAUCGAUUUAUCUUCGCCCCAGGAUAUACUUUGGUAUACAUUGUACCACACCUUAACUUCCGUCUUCUUUCCCUUACCACUGAUACUACUUUGUUACAUUUUGAUUUUGUGUUACACAUGGGACAUCUACCAAUAAAACAAGAGAACUGGAAGAUAUAAUGCAACUAUCCCCAGAGCACAGCUCAAACGACUAACGAAGAUGGUCCUGGUGUUAGUGGGUAUUUUUGUGGUGUGUUCAGCACCAUACCAUGUGAUUCAACUAAUAAAUCUCAAAAUUACUCAGCCAACUUCUGCUUAUUACAUUGUUUAUUACACCGCCAUCUGCCUUAGUUACACCAGCAGCAGCAUUAACCCCUUUCUCUACAUACUGAUCAGUGGCAAUUUCCGAAGGAGGCUGGCCAGUUGCACAAAGAUUCCAAUGAAAGUGACUAAACGUGAAAUUAUUAACAUAGAAAGCACACUGAAGCUGAGUUAGUGAAUGAAAAAACUCUUUUAUAAGCAAUAUGUUUGUGUUUUUGAAGUGUUACUGUGUGGGUGAGUACAGUAUUGUCAAUUUCAAUAUCCAAAUCACCAUCUUCAAUAAAAAAAUACGUAUGUUAUACAUAUAUUGUGCUGACGUAUUUAACUUAAUACAACUUGUAAUUUCAUCUUUUUUUUACUUUCAGUAUGCAGUGUAAUAUCUACUGGAUGUAUAAGGUAUCUUACAUCAAUGAAACUGGAUAGUGCACUGUCACAGAACACUUUAGUGACUGCCCUUUCAGUGUGAAUCCAACUAAAAAAGAAUGAGAUUUCACACUUUCAGAGAGUUAGCAAGGACAACAAUUUCAAGGGAAUGUGGGUCUGCAAUGUAAUUCCGAGGUUCAGAUCGCACCUCAGAGGCAGCUAAAAAGAUUGCACUGAUACAAUAGCGAGAGCUUCUCAAAGAUCAAAAUCCAUUGUCAGAAGAAUAAUAAUCAAAGCCCUGAAAGUGCAGCUCUCCUGCACCAUUAGUUGCAAAAGUCUAAUCUCUACUCAAUAAACGUCAACAAUUAGUUUAAUUGAGAUAAGUAGCAUCAGCAGUGUAUAUGUAAAAACAUCGGCAAACAAUUAUAUAGCUCAUAUUGUACCUGCUCAUACGCUUCAAUCUCUUCUAACUGCAAACUACAGCUGUUGGUUUAGAAGGAGCUUUAUUAAUGUGUGUAUUUCUGUAAC